UGAACAAUGGAGCAGGCAAGGAAGGUGAUGAUCAAGAUUCGAAGCUCCGACGGAAUGGAGUAUCAAGUGGAGGAGCAGACGAUGGUGCAGCAGUCAGCGUUUGUCCAGGAAUUGUUGAAGUCCCCCAACGCCAGAGAGAAUGGGAUCACGAUUCCCAAUGUCAAUACCAACAUUCUCGCCAAGGUUCUGAACUACUGUGAGAAGCACGCCGAGACCGCCGACAAGGUUGAGCUCGAAAGCUGGGAUGCUAAGUUCAUCGAUGUGGAGAACCACAUUCUCUACGAUCUCAUAAUGGCUGCUGAGACUUUCCUCAUCUCUAGUCUCCUGGACCUCUGCAGCAGAAAGUUUGCAGAAUUGAUUAAGGGGCUCACUGCUGAUGAAAUCCGAAAUAAUUUCCACAUCCAGAAUGAUUUCACCCCAGAAGAAAUGGAAUCAGUAAGAAAGGAGAACAUGUGGGAGUUUUAAAGAUGGCUGUCAGCAUUUGUUAAGAAAAGAAAAUUACUCUCCUCAUUUCAUCUUUUUCUUGAAGUGUUAGUACUCAAACAAUAGCAUACACAUAUAAUCUGUCUCAUGAUACACUGAUUGACUGGUAUGAACUCAAGACUACAUUUCCCUAUGGCAUCAAAUAGUUUUCACUGGUACUCUGUUUU